AGAGCACGGGGGAGAAGAGAGAUACCACUAGAUAUUAUAUCAUCCGGUCUAGAGAUGUCCAAGCGAAAAUCCUUGGCACGAUUAGCACUUGAAAGGUCCCAGUGCAGCCAAGAAGCCGCAGAAGAGCCCCUGCACCGCUCGUCGUCAAACGCCCGGCCGCUGAGCCAGCUGGCUGUGGUCGAGGGUGUGCGGGGAGACAGCGGCGCUGAACGGGCCGCCGAUCGGCAGCCGCUGCCACCCUCCGGCGCCAGCAAUGGAGCGGCGCCGCAGCGGCACCUCGCAGUCAUCCGGCGGCGGCCGGCCAGGAGCAGUGGGGAACAACGCAUACAGCCGGGUCCCGCAGCUGCGGCGGCCACCCACAACAGCCGGCACUCCUACCCGUCCGCAGCGGGCCAGCACAGUCACAGCCGAGUGGGGCCUCCUGCCGGCGACAGUCGACCUCAGAGGCCGGCCAGGGAGCGUCUGCAGCGGUCGGCGGCGGAGCGGAGUCCGCUGGUGGACGUCGGCAGUCCGCCGUCGGCCGUCGGCAGUCCGCCGGUGGCCGUCGGCAGUCCGCCGGCGCUGUCGCUCAGUCCGCCCGUGGACUCGGACGGGCCCGCCGCGCCGUGCGCCGAGAACGGUCGGCCGUGCGUCUCGCCGUCGGCGAGCAGCGGCUCGUCGGCCGGCAGCGGCGACGGCAGCCAGUCGGGUCUGCUCACUGCACGCGCCAUGCACCAUGCACACUCGACCAACGACCUGCAGGGCCGGCCGGCGGACAGCAGUCCCGGCCCGGCCUGUUGCGAGCCCAUGAACGCCGGACACAGAGCCAGGUCGUUCCCGACCGGGCUGGCGGGCAGCGUGGAGACGCUGAGCAGCUGCUCGGAGCCGUCUGCCGGCAGUCCGCUCAGCGGCAUCACCGUUCAAAAGGCCCGCAGCAGGGGCUACCUGGUGAACCAGACGGGCAGCGCGCUGCUGCUCUCUGCCGAGGAGCUGGACGCCAGCCUGCCACAGAGACAGCUGCACGUGCUGGUCGGCACGUGGAACAUGAACGCCAAGGAGCCGCCGGCUUCUCUGGACGACCUGGUGCUGCCCGACUCGCUGGCGUUCGUGCCCGACCUGGUGGCACUGGGCACGCAGGAGUCGCACGCCGACCACCGCGGCCUGCUGGUGAGGCUGCAGUCCACGCUCGGCCCCAGCCACGUGCUCUUCCACUCGGCAUCGCUGGGGACGCUGCACAUCUGCGUCUUCAUCCGGCGCGACCUCGUCUGGUACUGCUCAGUUCCAGAAGAGGCGAGCUACAGCAUACGGCAGCCUACGGCCAUCAAGACAAAAGGAUGCGUCGCCGUCGGGUUCCAGUUUUUCGGGACCACCUUCCUACUGCUCACCUGCCACCUGACUGCCCACCUGGAGAAGCAGAACCAGCGGAUAGACGACGUGCGCCGCAUCUGCGCCGCGCUCGACCUGCCCCAGGCCAUCCCCAGCCGCAGCAGCAGCAGAGACGUGACGGAGCGGUACGACAACGUAUUCUGGUUCGGCGACCUCAACUUCCGCCUGCACCAGAGCCGGCCGCGCGUCAUCGACACCAUCGUCGAGAGCUCCAGCACAAUCCUGCUCCGCGAGCGAACCAUGUCCGAGGCGUGUAUGCGCAGUCUGCUCGAGUGGGACCAGCUCAACCACGCCAAACACAAAGGUCGGGCUUUCGAGGGCUUCAACGAAGGCGACAUCUCGUUCCUGCCCACCUACAAGUACGACCCGGGAACGAACACGUUCGACACGUCACACAAGCAACGCAUCCCCGCCUACACGGACCGGAUCCUGUUCAAAAGCCGGCGCGACGGCGUGCGGUGCAUCAAGUACGAUUCUGUUCAGCCGUUCAGUACGUCGGAUCACAAGCCUGUGUGGGGGCUGUACCAGUGUCGGAUACGGCCUAGUCUCGACAGCAUACCGCUGGCGGCCGGCCAGUUUAACCGGGCCGUGUUCCUGGAGGGACUGCGGCGCCGGGCGCGCCACCUGCCGGCCAGACGGGUCUCUGACGGACGGCCGUGCAGCGUCCAGUAGCAGAGAACGGUGCCCAGUAGCGGCGACACACCUGCCAUCUGCCGACCGAACGGAGCAGCGAGCAACCGCACAACGCCCGACCUCCAGCUAAGUGACUUUGAAUAGGUGGUUAUUUGUAUUGAUGCGGCAAGGGAGGGGCUAGAAUCGCGCGAGUGAGUGCAAGACCGCGGUUUCUUCGCGGUUUCUUCGCGAUCUUGCUGGUCGGUGAAUGAUGAUCUAGUCAU